AUGGAGAUCCAUACCGCUGCGGAUGCGGCCAAAGUGGCAAUACCCCGGCAGCCACGCCCUGGCCCCCCAGAACCGCCCGACGAGCAGGAUGUGAGCCAACCAACGCCACGCGCGGGACGAGCAUGUCUCAGCUGCAGGAAGCGGAAAGUCAAAUGCUCUGGUGACACGCCACGCUGCGCUGGUUGCAUUGCAAACAAUCUCGAUUGUUUGUACGAUCAAGCGCGCCGGGACCGUCUGAAAUCAGCUACGAACAAGAAUAAGGAUCUUGUUCUGCUGCUGCGGGAACUCAGCCUACGACAAAACUUAGACCAGUCCGAUAAAGCCCGCAUCCAGGACGCGCUACAAGGAUACGAAGAUGACUCCUCGUCAACUGUCUCGGUCAGGACUUUGAAGAGAAGGAAGCUAUCAGUACCCGAAGAACUGGAGAAGGAGGACAACCAAUACUCGUCUAUUGCACAUCAUGCCCGCGCCGAGGAAGGACUGGCUCGUUUAGACGAGGACCUUCUGCGCAGCCGCAAAUCACGGUCAACCGGCUACGUGGGCCAGGGCGCGGGGGUUCACUGGUUACGCUCCCUGCAAGAUCAAGAAAAAACGGAGGGGCCUGAUCAACAAACUAUCUCGGAUACAAGCAAUGCGAUCACAACACUCGAGUAUGCUUCUCCACGGAAAACCAAACCAGCUAUUCCUGUCACAGAAGCCUCGUUCUAUCUUGAUUCCGACAGCAGCGAUUUGGAAAUGGAUGUCAACCCUUACGACCUACCUCCACAGGAGGUCACAGAGAAGCUUUUGGAGUGCUACAUGCGAACUGUUCACAAGUCAUUCCCUAUCCUGCCGCCCCAAUUCGAAGACCAAUUUCGGCGCUACUUCCAGGCCGUCAAUUCACAACGUCCGUUCUCCGUUCCGGACAAAUGGCUGGCGAUACUAAACAUAGUGUUCGCAAUAGGCGCGCGAUAUUCUCACUUGAUCAACGCGGAGUGGCAGGGGGAGGAUUGCGAUCACCUGGUAUAUAUGACGAGAACCGUUCGCUUGCUGGGUCCAUGGCCAUUCGCUGCUGCACCAGACUUGGCUUUGAUACAAGUGUCUGGCUUGUUGGCUUUCUACUAUCAGGUCAUUGGGCGUGUAAGCAGAGGCUGGGUGAUGAUCGGGAUAGCUAUCCGCUUAGCUCUGGCCCUGGGUCUCCAUUUGCGUAACGAGGAUCCGAAGACACCAGUCGGCAAGAAGGAGAUUACUUUGCGCACGUGGUGGAGCCUCCACGCGAUAGAGUGCCAACUUAGCGCCAUUACCGGGCGACCUUGUGUGCUCGGCCACGAAGAUUGUACUGUGUCGCUGCCGAUGACUUUUGCUGAAGAGGUAUCUACCUCGAAUAGUCCCGCAGGCUCUACUCCAUCGAUCCGAGAACAAGACAAGUCGGCCACGCCGGCCAGUAAUAGUAAUGCAGGAAAGAGCCGUCGACAAGCUCCGCGAUCGUAUCUAGACGCGCAUCUGAACAUCGGCCUUAUUACGCAAAAGCUCUUAGCUGCGCUAUAUUCUCCCCGUACUGCUCAGUACUCGUGGGCGUACGUUCAGAACACGAUCCCCAAUCUACUCCAAGAGCUGGACGACUGGAAACACGGCGCAUUGCCGGAUAAUGGUAGUCUCCACACACAAAUGUUCCCACCACCAGAGGGAUCGCGUGAAAGCCUCUUGCUUCGAUUCUACUACUUGAGUACCAAGAUACUGAUCACGCGACCAUGCCUUUGUCGCUCUGGACGCAAGAUACGCGAUCAGAGCGAUGUCUCCGCAACAUUCGACCAGCGGAUGGCACGAACUUGUGUGAGAGCUGCGCUUGCUCUGGCCGGCCUGCUGUCCAUUGAUUCAAGUCCUGAGAUCUUGUAUGAAAAUGGUCCCUGGUGGUCGAUCGUACACAACAUUAUGCAAGCGAUGGCAGUCUUGCUCUUAGAAUUGUCGUAUGAGCAGAACCACAUGCAAGGUAGCCAAGUCGAUGUCAAGAACAGCGUGAAGAGAUUGUUCCACUGGCUAAAUGCGAUGCGACACACUGACGCUGUUGUGGAACGAGCGCACAAAGUCAUCGUCAAGAUUAUACAGCAACAGAGGUUCCAGACGAUUUUCAGCGAGCUCUUGAUUGAUAACGAGCCAGCGCACAUUAAGAACGAGCAUGUCGCCCCGAGUUUUGGCCAUCCUCGACAAGAACCACCCACCUACCCUGACAGUGGACACGUCCCCCAACUCCAACCGAAUCAGUGGUAUGGUGGCUACGUCGCGUCCAAUAAUCGGCCCGGAAGUGGCAGCUUUAGUCAAGCGACCGCAGGUCCACAGCUGCUGGCAGGUUUAGAACGAUCACAAGCACAUCAGCAGCUUUUGCCGCAGAUGAACCAGCUUCAUUCCCAGCCAGAGCAGUAUCAGUAUCUUGAAGACCCUUACAGCAAUCAGUUCAUGUUUUCAAACCCAUUCAUAACCAGCUACGAUCAGGACGCACCAUUCGUGCUGACCUUGGACGACUUGUGGUCGAGAACUGAACCUUCAGGACACGGAGCCUUCGCCGAGCAACAGGGUGUAAAUUACCCAAACUACUCAUAUACGAUGGAUCACAAUCCGCAGGGUAGCUCUCGGUGA